AACACCACAAUUUCUUAUUCGUUACCAAGUCUUAUUUCCCACUCUUGGCGUUGACACCUCUCGAUUCUUUCUGUCUCUUGGUUUUUCCUUACCCGGCCGGCAAUUUGUCUCGUACUCGAAUCAGAAUCUGCUUAUCUCACCAUCCAUCCACAAUGUCGAACUCAGUAUCCUCUACAAACCCUACUACUGCUACCAAUACCUCUCUCCCUCAUUCAUCAGAGUUUCUCUUCCUGUACCUCCAACGCCCGCCAUGGGCUCUCCAUUUCCCGCCAUCUUUUCUCUGGUUAUCGUGUUCUCCGUCUUCUUGCUUGCUCAAUCGUCGACAAUCGGCGUCGAUUACAUCUCGCGUCUCCUCGAGAUUCAGGACCGCGAGAGAGCGCCUCCCUCCGUACAAGUGACCGCCGCUGUGGGAGUACUUGGCAGGCUUCUUCCUUCUCAUUCUUCUGGCUUCGAGUUUCUAAUUGUCUCCAAGGAGCAAUGCGGAGGGGAGUCUUGCUUUAUAAUCAGAAAUCAUCCUUCUGCCACCACUCCCGGGGCUCCGGAAAUUCUAAUUGCUGGGGUCACUGGAGUGGAAGUGCUUGCUGGUGUUCACUGGUACUUGAAGUAUUGGUGUGGUUCACAUAUCUCUUGGGAAAAGACGGGAGGUGUGCAGUUACAUUCAAUACCUAAAUUAGGCUUUCUUCCCCGUGUUCAAGAUUCUGGUGUCUUGGUACAAAGACCCGUUCCUUGGAAUUACUACCAGAAUGCUGUUACUUCAAGUUACUCUUUUGCAUGGUGGGACUGGAGAAGGUGGGAAAAGGAAAUUGACUGGAUGGCGCUCCAUGGUAUAAAUUUACCACUAGCAUUUACUGGUCAAGAAGCUAUUUGGCGGAAAGUUUUCCAGAAAUUUAACAUAAGCAGUUCAGAGUUGGAUGACUUUUUCGGAGGCCCUGCAUUUCUUGCAUGGUCACGUAUGGGAAAUUUGCAUAGAUGGGGUGGACCACUACCACAAAGUUGGUUUGAUCAACAGCUAAGCUUACAGAAGAAAAUUCUUUCCAGGAUGUAUGAACUUGGAAUGACUCCAGUCCUUCCAGCUUUUUCUGGAAAUGUUCCAGCAGCAUUAAAAUCUAUGUUCCCAUCAGCGAAGAUAACACGCUUAGGAAAUUGGUUUUCUGUUAAGAGUGACCUCAGAUGGUCCUGCACCUAUCUCCUUGAUGCAACAGAUCCUUUAUUCAUUGAGAUUGGGAAAGCAUUCAUUGAAAAACAAUUGGAUGAGUAUGGAAGCACUGGUCACAUCUACAACUGUGACACUUUUGAUGAGAAUACGCCACCUAUAGAUGAUCCAGACUAUAUCUCUUCUCUUGGUGCAGCAAUUUUUAAGGGGAUGCAAAGUGGUGAUAGUGAUGCUGUUUGGCUGAUGCAGGGAUGGUUGUUCUCAUAUGAUCCGUUCUGGAGGCCUCCACAGAUGAAGGCACUUUUACAUUCUGUUCCUGUAGGGAAGCUAGUGGUCCUUGAUCUGUUUGCUGAAGUGAAACCCCUAUGGAUUACUUCGGAGCAGUUCUAUGGUGUUCCUUACAUCUGGUGUAUGUUGCACAACUUUGCUGGAAAUAUUGAGAUGUAUGGGGUUUUGGAUGCAGUAGCAUCUGGACCUGUUGAAGCUCGUAUUAGCGAAAAUUCAACAAUGGUUGGUGUUGGAAUGUCAAUGGAAGGUAUCGAACAAAAUCCUGUUGUUUAUGAUUUGAUGUCAGAAAUGGCAUUUCAGCACAAAACUGUUGAUGUCCAGGCAUGGAUUGAUCUCUAUUCUACGAGAAGAUAUGGCCAUUCAAUUCCCUUAAUUCGAGAUGCUUGGAAUAUAUUAUAUCACACAAUUUAUAAUUGUACAGACGGUGCCUAUGACAAAAAUAGGGAUGUAAUUGUUGCUUUCCCCGACAUUGAUCCAUCUUUUAUGGUGCUGGAAGAGAUGUGUCACCAUCAAGACAAACUUGUACCAAAGGGAGAACUUUUAGAGAAUGAGUAUUUAUAUGAGAAACCUCACUUGUGGUAUUCAACCUCUGAUGUAAUACGUGCAUUGGAACUUUUUAUCAUGAGCGGGGAUAAACUAUCAGGAAGUAAUACUUACAGGUAUGAUUUGGUGGACUUGACAAGACAAGCUUUGGCGAAAUAUGCCAACCAGCUGUUCUUAACAAUUAUAGAAGCCUAUCAGCUAAAUGAUAUACAUGAAGUUUCCUACCAUAGUCAGAAAUUCCUAGAACUAGUGGAAGACAUGGAUAUGCUCUUAGCAUGCCAUGAAGGAUUUCUUCUAGGACCUUGGCUAGAAAGUGCAAAGCAACUUGCAAGGGACGCAGAACAAGAGAAACAGUUUGAAUGGAAUGCGAGAACUCAAAUCACCAUGUGGUUUGACAACACAGAGGAGGAAGCUAGUCUGCUUCGUGACUAUGGGAACAAGUACUGGAGUGGUCUUCUACAAGACUAUUAUGGACCCAGAGCUGCUAUAUAUUUCAAAUUCUUAAAAGAGAGUCUGCAAAACGGCCAUUCUUUUCGAUUGAAGAACUGGAGACGUGAAUGGAUAAAGCUUACAAAUGAUUGGCAGAAAAGCCAAAAAUUAUUCCCUGUGGAAAGCGUGCGAGAUGCUCUACAAAUAUCAAGACGGCUUUAUAACAAGUAUUUGCUCAGUACAGAUGAAUGAACAUAGCCGCCAGUCGCCACCGAGAUUCAGAGUUUGGAGAGAACUGAUCCGUGGCCAUUUGUUCUAUCAACUUAAGAUGCCUACUUGUUCCCAACGGGAAGCUCUGCGGGUUACUGAAUAGAGCCUUGGCGUUCAACUCUCCCACUAUUAUCUGAGGAUAUAGGUUGGGAUGCCCCAACUCUGUUACAAUGAUUUGAGCUAGAGAAAUGGACAAUGCUAUUUAUUGAACAAUUUCCCUCUAUGAAUCAAAUCUACGAAGAUAAUCGCUGUCAUAAUCAUUUACUUUGAUGAAUGAUCAUGGAUGUUUUUGAGAAUUUGUUGUUUGAGCUUGCGGAGAUGUUAUCAACAUGGUAGUUGUUGUCGUUAAGGAAAUGUAAGAUAUUAUGGUU